GUGUUGAUUGGCAUUCCUGCCAUGUGAGUGAGUUGAGUGCUGCCAGUGCCUGGGCUUCUGAAGCAGAGCAGCUCCAAGAAGGGAGAGGAGGGGGCUUCCCUUCCUCUCUUCCCAGGUGAGUGGGGUCAGCCAAGCAGGGAGAAGGGAAACUAGGGGGAGUUGCCCCCUUGCAGAAAUCCCUUCCUGUCUGGGUACAAGGCAUGCAAGGCUCUGGGGAUGAAUGACCUCUAGUAACCCAGCAGAGGAUCCCACCAUCAGGAGCCUGCCUCUUCCCAAUCAGAGUAAACAACCUGGAUGUGGGCUAUAUAACAACACACUCCUUUGUCUCAAGAAUGUUAAAAAUUGUUGAUGUUGGAUCCUAGACUGAAGAUGGAGGAGCCACACCAGACCAGCCCUGAAAGGGGAAGAGAGCCCUGUCAAAUGUGGGGCAGGAGACGUGUUGGGUUCCCAGGCAGAAUGGGCCAGGAUGCCCUGGAGAAGGAGGAGGCCUUCUGCACAGAACUUCAGGGCCAACGCUUCCGGCAUUUCCACUAUGAGGAGGCACGGGGUCCCCGAGAGGUUUGCAGCCGCCUCCACUCUCUGUGCCGCCUGUGGCUGAAGCCUGAGGAACAUACAAAGACGGAGAUGCUGGACCUGGUGAUCCUGGAGCAGUUCCUGGCCGUCCUUCCUGCCGAGAUGGAGCGCUGGGUGAGGGAAUGUGGGGCAGAGACCAGUUCCCAGGCUGUGGCCUUGGCUGAAGGAUUCCUCCUGAGCCAGGCCCAAGAGGAGAAGGUGCUUCAGGAAGAGCGGCAGGAGAGCGACGUCCUUCAAGCCGAGGAGGUUCCAAUGGACACCAGCGGUGGAGCAGCCACCUCACUGAGAGAUGGCUCAGGGAUGCCAGAACAAGGCAGCCACCCAUCUCUCCUCCUUGAUGCAUUGGACUUCCCUUCUCUGCAGACAGAUCAGGUGGACUUUGAGGACGUGGCUGUACAUUUCAGUGAGGAGGAGUGGGCCCGGCUGGAUCUCGACCAAAGGGCUUUGCACACAGAAGUCAUGGAGAAGAAUUAUGGGAUGGUGGCCUCUCUAGGUCUUGGUAGAUGGAAGAGCAAGAACGGAGUGGUGUCAUACAGAGUGCCGUUGGAAAGGGAGAGAUACAUGGAGGAGGAGGAGGAGGAGGAGGAGGAAGAGUGGAAUGAAAGAAGAGAAGCAAAAGAGAAGAGCAAUCAACUUGUUGCUUCUCCCAGUGCCGACACCUGGGAAACAUCAAUCCAUGAUGAAACAGAUAAAGUCAAAGAGAGCAGGGAGUGUGUCAUUUAUCAGAACGGCUUCCAUUGGGCUUCCAACCUGAACGUUGAUGUUUCAAAUGACUCGGAAGAGUACUCCCAUCCGUGUCCACAGUGGAAGGAGAGCUUCAGGUGGAACCACCUGGGAAUGCCUUCAGGGGAAAACCCAUACCUAUGCCAGGAGAUUGGAAGAGGGGACUUGACAGGGAAGACCACCGUGGUUGCCCACCAAAUAGAUCACGCAGGAGGGAAUCCAUAUCAUUGCCUGGAGUGUGGGGUUUCCUUCCGUUACAAGUCCGCUUUCAAAAAACAUUAUGUGAUCCACACGCUGGAGAAGCCCUACCAGUGCCAGGAGUGUGGGAAAAGCUUCCGCUGGGGGCCCCACUUGAAGAGGCACCAGUUCAUCCACACGGGAGAGAAGCCAUACCCCUGCCUGGAGUGCGGGAAGUGCUUCAAUCAGAAGAGGUACCUCACGGAGCACAAAAAGCUCCACACCGGAGACAAGCCCUUCAAGUGCCCCAAGUGCGGCAAGCGCUUCUACUGGUCUUCACAGCUCAACAGGCACCAGCUGGUUCACACGGAGGAGAAGCCCUACGAGUGCCUGCAGUGCGGGAAAGGCUUCAUUGAGAAGCGGAACCUCACCACACACCAAAUGAACCACACCGGAGAGAGACCGUACAUAUGCCUGGAGUGUGGAAAGAGCUACACGCACAAGUCCGUCCUCAGGCGGCACCAGAUGACUCACACAUUACGGCCAGCCACAGAAAUGCCUUCAGUAUUAGAUCAGCUUCAGUCAGAGAUUAAAGCAUGAAUAGACA